AUGAGUUUCCUUGAAGAAUUAAAACAAAAGAAAAUCAAACUUAAGGCUUGUGAUACUAUUAUAACCACUGCCACGGGAGAACGUUUUAUUGAAAAUUCUUCCACUUAUGUAAGAGAAAAAUUAAAUACCAGCCCCUCCUAUGGUUUUGUAGUGGAUACAAAGCCCGACUUUAAACCAGCACAAAUUUUAAAGAAUUUUCUUUAUUUGGGUUCUCAGGAUGCUGUGACUAUGGACAACAUUAAGGAAUAUAAAUUAACACACAUUUUAAGUAUUGGCAUUAAAUGUCCUCCUUUAGAGGAUUUACCCUGUAACUUAGAAAUGCUCUAUGUACCCUGUUUGGAUUUACCAGAGACCAAUUUGAAGGAGCAGGGAAUUUUAUCAAAAUCAUUUGAUUUCAUUGAAGCGUGUCGUUUAAAUAGUGGCCGUAUUUUGGUUCACUGCAAUGCCGGAGUUUCUAGAUCUGCUACUAUAGUUAUUGCAUAUUUAAUGAAAUAUCACAACCUGGAUUUCGAUAGGGCCUAUAAACAGGUUAAAUCGCAAAGAGAGUGUAUACAGCCCAAUGCCGGAUUUUUGAAACAACUAAAAGAAUUCGAAAAUAAACUUUAGAUUAUUAAUAAUUAUGAAAUUAAAUUAAAUGUAUAUUAUGCUGUUUAAUUAAAUAAACUAAUAUUUUUACUUUAAACUCUUA